AACAAAGGAUGCUGGGGAAGCAUCAUGGCGGAAGAUGAGAAACCCGCCAUAGUAAAGAGAGUAAAGAAGGAGGAAGGAGGUAAAAAAGAAGUUAACCUUACCGAUGAACUUUUGGUAAGCUUGCCGGUGAAGGAUUUAAAUACUAUUCUACGAGGUUUCACUGACGACGAGAUUUAUCGCAUCAAACAACGAAGAAGAACAUUGAAGAAUCGGGGUUACGCUCAAAAUAGUCGGACCAAGCGCGUGCGUCAGAAGGAAGAUCUCGAAGUCGAAAGGCAACAACUCCGCGAAGACUUAGAGCAGCUUGCCAAAGAGAACGAUAACUUGAAGAGAGAACGCGACGAAGCAAGGAAAAAAUACGAUUCGCUGCAAAAAUUAUUGACUAACAGGACGAAAACUGUGGGUCUGCAAUUGAUUGAUGGGGUCGGCCACGAGUCUUCGUCAACGGGCGACCACGAGAUCCAAAUCGACGUUGUGGGAGACGAAGAAGAAAAAAGUAACUUUAAAGAUUCACAAGAUUCCGAUCUUUCCGACGAUUAUCGAUCGAGGUCAAGGAAAUCUUCGUUUCGAUCAUCAGACGAAGGAGAAGAAUCUCGAUGAAUGAACUCGAAUAUUAUCAAGUAAGACACGGUGUACGAACAUUUACGGACUUUGUUUACAAACGAAAAGAUAUAGAAUGCAUACAAAUCUCGUGUCAAAACCCUAUUCAUCUUUCUGAUCGUAGUAAAAUUCUCCAUAUCUUUACGAAAGACCCUUAUUUCGAUAGAAAUGCAAUAUUUUGGUAAUACAGUGUGUUCUAAGAAGUUUAUGUGUAAUGUUCGUAAAUGUGUAAAUAUCCGCCGUAAUGCACGUAUACAAAUGAAUGUGAGGUCUUAGUGUACAAACGGUUAAAAAUUUCACAAAAUAUUUUUUACAUUUCAUUCCGCGUUAAAAACGGGCAGACUUUCGAUUUCAUAUCUCGUCUUGUUUGCCUAAUUGUCUAAUCGCCGUAGGGAAAGUUUGUACAUAUAUUUCUAUCUUUUACAAAGGUGUGUGGUUACAGUUCUAGGACUGUACUACAAGUUGUAAUCCUCAUUGAAUCAAUGAAAAUUGAAUGAAUUUUAACUUGAAAGGAA